GCCCACAUAGUCGGACUGGCUGCAGUUGACCGCGCUUCUUAUAGAAAUUCGCGGGCAACAAUGAAGGUUAUCAAAAACCGUUGAAAAUAUAAACAUCGUAAAAUCGAUAUUAACGACAAUUAUAUGGGGUUUGGACUUUGGAGAACUGUUCACGAAUUAGGUGAUAUAUAAGUAUAAAAUAUUGUGCGCCUUUAAAUGCCGCAAUAAGAUAACCCUUUUUGUGAUUACCGGUCUGCUAAAUAAAUUUGCGCGAGUGCCAGUGGGAAAAUAAAACGAAUAGACUCACGUGAACGUGAAAAAUAUUUCUGUGAAAAUUUUUUUCUCUGUAGAAAAAAAACGUUUUUUAAGUGUUUCACGACAAGAAUCAAGCAGUAAGGAGAAAAUACUAUCGUCAUUAAUAAAUAUCCAUUGGAAAAAUGUCAGAAACUGAAGAGCUGGAGAAUAUGGUGUUGAGUUUUCGAGUAUCUGAACUGCAGAUGCUCUUAGGAUUCGCUGGUCGAAACAAAUCUGGUAGGAAAAACGAACUCCAAACUCGUGCCUUGGAAUUAUUACGUCUUCGUUCACAUCCUGUUGAAUUAAAAAUUCGGGAGCUAUAUAAAACAAUACAGGCAGAUCAACUUGCUGCUCAUCAAAUGUAUGGCCAGACUGGCAGUGCAGCUGAGCCACAAAUUGAACAAAACAUGCAUUCCAGAAACUAUUACACAAGGCAAGGUCAUGCUCAAGCCAUGAGCCAACAACAAUCGCAGCAAUCAGUCUCAGCAGGUAAAGAUUUACCACCUGCACAUCAAGCAUCCAUUCCUCAAUCACAAGUUGCACAAAGAUCAGCAUCGGUGUAUCCAGCUCCAGGUUACACAAGUGUCACUCCUCAAUCUCGAUCAGCUGCUUGUCCAUUUCCUACAUAUCCUGCUUACACACAACAAAAGAUCAUACCUCUAGCAACACCAUUAACCCUUCAACCCAAUCAGUACCCAGUUCAUCCUGAUGUUAAGUUCAAAAAGUUACCAUUCUUUGAUAUGCUUGGAGAGUUGCUGAAGCCAUCAAGUCUGAUGCCACAAGGGACCAUGAGAAUUCAAGAAAAUACUUUUAUUUUCCAUUUGACUCCACAACAAGCAACGGAUAUUUCUAGUUCUCGCGAUUGUCGACAAGGUAGCAAAAUGGAUUAUACUGUGCAGGUUCAAAUGCGAUUUUGUUUACAAGAAACUUCGUGUGAACAAGAAGAUUAUUUUCCACCUAAUAUUAACCUCAAGGUUAAUGGAAAAAUGUGUCCACUGCCUAAUCCGAUUCCUACCAACAAACCUGGUGUUGAACCAAAGAGGCCACCAAGGCCAGUUAACAUUAGCCCUUUAGUCAAAUUGUCUCCUACAGUUGGUAACCAAGUCACAGUUUCAUGGUCUGCAGAUUAUGGUAGAAGAUAUGCAGUCGCCGUUUAUCUUGUCAGAAAAUUAUCUAGUUCAGAACUGCUUUCGAGAAUGAAAAAUAGAGGAGUCAAACAUUCUGAUUACACUAGGGGAUUAAUCAAAGAAAAACUAAAUGAAGAUGCUGAUAGUGAAAUUGCAACUACGUCGUUGAGAGUGUCGUUGGCAUGUCCACUAGGAAAAAUGCGUAUGAGCACACCAUGUAGAGCUUCUACAUGUUCUCAUUUACAAUGUUUUGACGCAUCAUUGUUUUUGCAAAUGAAUGAAAGAAAGCCAACAUGGAACUGUCCAGUUUGUGACAAAGCAGCAUUAUAUGAUAAUUUAACUAUCGACGGUUACUUCCAAGAGGUUUUAAACUCCAAUAAGUUAUUACCAGAUGUCAAUGAAAUACAAUUAUUACAAGAUGGCUCGUGGGAAAAUUUAGUUCUAAAGAAAGAGAAAGAUAAGGACAAAAGCGACAAAUUAGAAGUUAGUCCUUCACGGUCAAAACAAGAUGCGGAUGUUACUGUUGAUCUUGAUGAAAGUAAUUCAUUUCACACUUCUUCCACGCCAUCUGCGCCGAAAGAGAAAAAGCGUGCCCUCGUUAUUGACUUGAUAUCAGACAGCAGUGAUGAAGAUAUUGAAUCGCCUAUUCAUAGUUCUAGUAAAAAGCCAGCUCUUUCUACUUCAUUAAAGCCACAAGCUAGUGCUAUAAGCAGUACGAGCGAUUCUCCAGAACUAAUGAUUAUUGAUUUAGAUUAA